AUGUCACAAGGCCAGGAAAGAUUUUUGAAUUAUUCUCAGUUGCUCUCUGAGCUUGUAGAUGGGAGAGGAAGAACAUUAAAUGACACAACUGUGGCAUUCCUUUAUCAAUUAUUUCCCAAUGAUUUGUUUGUGAAAGCCUUCUCGCUUCUUGAAACCCACAACUUGUUCCUUUAUGUGUGGGAUUCUAUAGAUGAUGUGGCUUUGAAUGAUGGAGUUCAAUGUUCCGAUGCUGAAAUAGAUGAAACUUCUAAUUCUGUGGCUGGUUCACGUCUACCGACAGAAGGACAUCAGUGUCAUUCUAAGCGAAACUCAAAUGAUAAUGAUAUUUCAAGAUUGGCUAAUAUGCUAUACGAUCUCGAAACUCGUUCUAAAACGCUUCAUCGAAUAAUUGUACAAUCUGUUGAUGAAGAAGUGUCAAAAAAACCCAUAUACGUUGAUGUUACUGCAUGGUUUUGUUCUUGCAACGAGUACACAAAGUGUUUUUCCGGUAUGUUGCAUAACAAUGGGGAUGAAGGAUAUCAGGGCAUGUUCGAAACUUACGGAAAUGAGACAGAUGAUAAUUUCGCAAAGGUGAAUUCUCACACUCAUGUUAACAGUAGUAAAGUCAUUUGUCAACAUCUUUUGGCUGCAGCAAUCCUGCUUCAGACGUCAUUGAAAGUUCUAAAGUACUUCACGUCUGUUAAACAAAGUGUCUCUUUAUUUAGUAUAAAUAACAAAGAUGACUGGCUUAAAUUACAUUUGAAUAUUGUGGAUUGA